AUGGAGUCCUUUUUGUCUAAACUGGUUAAAGGGCAAGAAAUUCAAGAGAACUACUUGAAGGAUAUCAAAUUUGAUCUGUCAGAAUUGAAACAGAAAGCUAAGUCAUAUGCUAUAGCAAUCAAGCAGUUGGAGCAGCUAUUUGGUCAGAUAUCAGCCACAGUAAAUCAGAGGCAACCUGGCACUCUUUCGAGCAAUAUAGUAGUAAAUCCCAAAAAUGAUAGUCAAUGCUAUGCCAUUUCUAGUCGGAGUGGUAAGGUUACUUCAGACCCACCUAUACCAAUAAUUAAUGAGCAGAAGAGUGAGAAUGAGCCGAUUGAUGUUGGGAGUAGCAACAAGAAAAAUAAAGAAGAAAAGAAGGCUAUAGAGCCUGUGAUGAAGCCUAUUCUAAGACAUCUUCCUCCAUAUCCACAAAGAAUGAGAAAGAAACAAGAAUAUGGUAAGUAUCAGAGAUUUUUGUCUAUGUUAAAAGAGUUAACUGUCAACAUACCGCUUAUAAAGGCAUUAGAGCAGAUACAAGGGUAUGAAAAAUUCAUGAUGGAUUUCAUAACCAAUAAAAGUUCAGUUAGUUAUGAGCCAAUAGACAAUAUUCAUCAUUGCAGUGUUGUAUUUACCAGAUCUUUGGUAGAGAAGAAGGAGGACCCUGGCGCUUUCACAAUACCUUACACUAUUGGGUCUUUCAACUUAACUCGAGCACUAUGUGUCUUGAGGGCUAGAAUCAAACUCAAUCCCUUUGCCGUAUCCAAGAAGUUGGGGUUGGGCGCUCCCAAACUAACUACUAUGAGAAUAGUGAUGGCUGACAGAAUAGUAAAAAAGCUUGUUGGUAUCCUUUUUGAUGUUUUGGUAAUAGUGUCUUCAUUUAUACUUCUUUCUAAUUUUGUUAUAUUAGAUUGUGAAGUAGACUUUUAUCUCGCAAUUAUUUUGUGA